UAUUAUACACACAAAAUCUUGAGUAGUAUCUUUUUUUUGCCAAUUGUACUACACCAGAUCGUACACAUGUCUAUUUGACAUUCGUUUAACAUUGCGCUUUAAAUUCAAUGAGCACGUAAGUGUACCCACAUGCCAUGCAGUGCUAUAAUUGAAGUUGAAGGCAAGAAAAAUAAUAGAUCGAGAGCAGAGCCCAUGCGUAAUGUUUAUUCAUUGAUAAUAGUGGUCCAAUAAAAAUAGCCAGCAUCAACUCAUAAAGUAUGAGUGGCCCAACUUUUGCCUGUGUUAUCUUCUGCACGAGUAUUUCAAGUAUUUGACAACUCCUACCUGCAAAAACACAUUGUUUCUAGGGCAGGUGUUGUCAUUGCUGAGAAGAGCAUUGUGCCACUAAUUAUUGGAUAAUUUACCUGAAUUACUUUGUUUUAUUAAGGCCUGCAAAGAUGAGGACCAGAAGUAAUUCUGGAGUCCGGUUGGACUACUACCAGCGGGUGGUGCACAAGAUCAUCAUGGACCAUCAGAAUCCUGUGACGGGACUAUUUCCUGCGAGCAAGGGUAACAAUCACGCUUGGAUUCGGGAUAAUGUUUACACAAUACUUGCCGUGUGGGGACUGUCAAUGGCUUACAAGAAGACAGCCGAUGCAGACGAGGAUAGAGCCAAGACUUACGAGCUGGAGCAGAGCUGUGUUAAACUCAUGAGGGGCCUUUUGAUGGCUAUGAUGCAACAAAAGGAUAAAGUUGAAAAAUUCAAAUCGACACAGAAUCCAUUGGAUGCUCUGCAUGCAAAGUACAGCUCUGCCACUGGCCAGACUGUUGUGGGAGACACCGAGUGGGGUCACUUGCAAAUUGACUCAAUUUCAUUGUACUUGCUGAUACUCGCACAAAUGACCGCUUCUGGCUUGCAAAUCGUGUUCAACUUGGAUGAAGUGGCCUUUAUUCAGAAUUUGGUUUUUUACAUUGAAUCCGCCUAUUGCACUCCUGAUUAUGGAGUCUGGGAGAGAGGUGACAAGACAAAUCACGGACUACCAGAAUUGAAUGCAAGUAGUAUUGGAAUGGCCAAGGCAGCCAUGGAAGCUAUGAAUGAAUUGGAUCUAUUUGGCGCCAGAGGCGGUCCCACUUCGGUUAUUCAUGUUUUGGCUGACGAAGCGCAAAAGUGCCAAGCGGUUUUGCAGUCAAUGUUACCUAGAGAAUCCAAUUCUAAGGAGCUUGACAGUGGCCUUUUGUCCAUCAUAAGUUUUCCGGCUUUCGCUGUUGAUGAGCCAAAUCUCAUUCAACUGACCAGAGACGCUAUUACCAAAAAGUUGCACGGCAAGUACGGGUGCAAGAGAUUUUUAAGAGAUGGCUACAGAACACCGAAAGAAGAUCCAAACAGAUUGUACUAUGAACCUUGGGAACUGAGGAUGUUUGAGAACAUUGAAUGCGAGUGGCCACUAUUCUUCUGUUAUUUAAUUUUAGACUACUGUUUUCAAGGCAACCAAGACGCAAUAAAUCAUUAUUCGAAAUUGUUGGAGGAAAUCACAGUAAAAACGGAAGAAGGCAUCAGAUUGGUUCCCGAGCUUUAUGCCGUUUCAGCAGAAAAUACUGCUGCUGAGUACGCUGAGCCUGGAAGCCAAAAAAGAGAGGCCCUGGGUAGAACCCCAUUUAUGUGGGCACAAUCACUUUAUAUUUUAGGAAAAUUACUACAAGAAGGGUUUCUAGCAGUGGGAGAAUUGGAUCCGUUAAAUCGGCGUUUGUGCAGCGAAAAAAAACCUGAUGUCGUUGUACAAGUCGUUAUUUUAGCCGAAGACGCGGAAAUCAGAGAAAAAAUUGCUCAGCACGAUAUUCACGUUCAAACGAUUGCGGAAGUAGCGCCUAUCGAAGUACAACCUGCCAAAGUCCUCAGUCAUUUGUACACAUAUUUAGGUCGUAAUAAAAAACUCGGACUGUCCGGUCGUAAGUCGAGGGACGUUGGUAUACUCAGCACAAGCAAACUUUAUUCUUUACAUGAUAGAAUAUUUGCUUUUACGCCACAGAACAUUGACGUCGUGGACUACUACACGUCCAACGAUGCGGCCUUCCUCGCCGAUACGUUCACGACCAACCUGGCUUUCCUCACCAUCAACUGGAAACAAAUGCUCGGCAGACCGACCGUAACACUUGUCGCUAGUCAUAGAUACUUGGAUCAAGGAAAGAUCCCACUAGCGAUGAUAACGACAAUGAAAAAAUUAAAGAGCGGCUACAUCAACGGUACUAGAGUGUCGCUGGGAAAUUUAAACGAGUUUUUGAGCACUUCCUGCAUCACUAAUCUGAGCUUUUUGGGAAGCUCCGAAGAUGGCCGACCCGACCGACUCAAUCCUCAGGUGCAGCAGUACCUGGACGAGCACUUGAUGAAAGCUUUUCCGCUGCGCACUAGUUUGCUGGACAAACCUUUGAUUCAGGGUGCGAGGAACCUCAGACGACGAAUGUCCGUCAAAGGAGCGAUCAAAAAAACAAGAUCCAUAGCUGUCGAACCGACGGAGUUACCCAUCGUACUUCAUGAACCGGAGAUACUGGGGAUGGCCGGGGAAGACCGACGGCCGUCGCAAGUGUUGUCGGCCAACCCGUUCAUAAAAAUCACCGACACGACUCUAGCGACAAGCGAAAACCCUCAGCCCAACCGUACGCCAUCGCCCACGGAGGAGCUGCUGUCUUGGAAGCCGCACUCCCCGAAGCUCAGCAGACAGAGGAUGAACUCGGAGACCCAGUACGCGGACACCGAGGUCGAGGAGCUCAUGGCCAUGCUGAGGGAAACGGAGAGCUUGGAGGAGCAGGGGGACAUUUUGCAGUUCCUGGUGGACUCGCAGGGUUUGAUGUUCAACACGGGCAUGGUGGAGAACGAUCAUCCCGUCCUGGUAAAGGAUCUCCUCAAAGGUUUGUACGAGAAGGCCUGUCAGCAGAAAAUGUGGGGCAUCGUGAGACACACGGCCGGCAUGCUCGGCAAGCGAGUCGAGGAUCUAGCCAAAGCGGUCACCGACCUCCUGGUGCGUCAGAAACAGGUGACGGUGGGCAUGCCACCGACCAACGAGCACACCAUCGUCGCCCCGCUGCCCGAGAACGAGCUGCGCUCGCUCAUACACCAGGCAUACGGCGACGACGAGUCCACAGCCAUGCUGACCCAGGAGCUGCUCGUAUACCUGGCCAUGUUCAUAAGAACCGAGCCACAGCUGUUCCACGAGAUGUUGAGGCUCCGCGUCGGUUUGAUCAUUCAGGUCAUGGCCACCGAGCUGUCGCGCACGCUCAUCUGCAGCGGUGAAGAAGCCUCCGAGCACCUGCUCAAUCUCUCGCCGUUCGAGAUGAAAAAUCUCUUGCAUCACAUUAUGAGCGGAAAAGAGUUUGCGAUCAGCAGUGUUGGUCGCGGCAACUUCUCCGUCGUUAGCUGCAAGUCUAGUCGAGUAAGCAAGAAAUCACAGAUUGGUGGAUUCCUCAAUGCCGAUCAAGAAAAUACAGAAAUGGAGCCAGACAGGCAGGGUCAAUGGUUGAGAAGAAGACGAUUAGAUGGAGCUUUAAAUCGCGUACCUCGAGACUUUUAUCCCCGAGUCUGGCAUGUUCUCGAAAGAUGCCAUGGAUUGACCAUAGAAGGAAGAAUACUCGCACAAAAUCUCACCCAGGAAAUGACUUCUGGAGAACUGAAAUUCGCACUAGCUGUUGAGACUGUUUUAAAUACUAUACCGCAACCAGAGUAUCGUCAACUUAUUGUCGAAGCAUUGAUGGUACUGACUCUCGUUACUGAAUACAACGUAGCUUCUUCUCUCGGCGGUCUGAUAGCCGUUGAACAUUUAGUCCAUAAGGCCAAUGCCAUAUUUUUGGAAGAUCAGAUGAAGAUCGACGGGGAUGCCACCCUUUGUUGCGCAAAACCAAAGGAACAAAGGGAAACGACUGCACUGGGCACCUUACUGUGCGGAGGGGCGGCAUAUAUCUGCCAGCACUUUUACGAUUCGGCGCCUAGUGGAAGCUUUGGGACAAUGACAUACAUAACGAGAGCGGUUGCGAGCCUAUUGAAUUGUCUUCCUAAAGAUGGGGAUUUGGAAUGUACAAUAUCCUAAAGCACGCCUUAAACUUUAGAGCAUCUUUUUGACAAUUAUUUUUUUUUUUAAUGAUGUUGAAACUUCUUGUAUACUUAUUAUUAUCUAUAGAAGAGAUUUAACGUGUUUUUAAGCAAAUACGCUGCCUUACUGUUAGCAAAAAAAAAAAUUGACUUGUUACAAUUGAAAUUUAGAGUUUUUUAACAAAUUAUGUAAGCAUAAAAACUGAAUAAUAUAUAUAUAUAUAUAUAUAUAUUCUUACGUUUACAUUGUUAAUACGAAUACUUAAAAGCAUAUACAAAUUUUUAAACGUACUUAUCUGUGUAAACUGUUCAUUUUCUCUAAAUUUCAUCGUUUAUUUACAAACUUAACAAAAUCCGUUGCCGUUUAAGGAUUGUUCAAUUAUUUUGUCCACUGCAAAUCAUUUGAAUGGAUUAAUUUUUGAUAGCCACGAGCCAUCAGAUGGACUGAAAAAAAAAUCAUGUAUUUGUUAUCCUUAUACAUUAAGUUGUUUACAAUAUUAUUCAACUUACUCUUCUCCUUCUUCAAUCAUUCUUUGUUUUUCUGUCAUAAGAUGCUGAAUAAAUUCUUGUCUGUACGUGAC